UGUAUUUGCAGACGGGCAGCAAGAAGCGACGCCGAUAUUCUAGCCCUGGCGCUGAAAUCACUGCGAUAUGUUAUUUUCACCUCGCACUCUCUUUUCCUGAACUCGAUUGUCGUUUUUUGCAAUAAGUUAUAUUCUGCUUGAAGGGUGUGUUUUAGUUAUCGGUGCCUGGGCGGAAUUGACCGCCCACAGCUUCAAGGCCACAGACCAGCACACCGCACCAUAACGCACAACCCGGUCAGAUCUUGCCAGGGGGCGCAAGGCAUACUGCCUCAUCCCCUUGUAAUUUGGGGUCCAAAAUAGGUAUUUGUCAUCGAUGGCUCUCCUAUUUAAACAGGGAGGGCGGUAAAACUCUUCUUUUCAGAUCUCGCAACUCCACAACACUUAGGCAUAGACACUCCAACUCCAACAGCCAAGAUGCAUACCCUAAGCAUUUGUGCUGUCUGCCUACUCUUUUCUUUUAUCUGUCUCGCUGCCAUCUGCAUCACUGUUGUUUGUGUUACAAACACUGUAUGCCAUUACUUCUCAGGUGAAAGGAAAUCAACAUCAUCUAUGACAAGAAUCAUGAGCACUAAUUUCCCCAAGGCAAAAACGGACGGACGAACCAAGACGAUGACGAGACAGAGAAAAUAAGUAAAGGGCUCUUGGUCAGGGCACCUGCGGUGGAUAUAUCAGAUAUUUCGUUCACUGUGAACACUGCGAAUACUGCCCCGGCGAACACUGCUCCAGCGAAUACAAAUCCCGCACCUGCAAAUCGGAUACAGACGAGGAGCGCAACGCGACGUGCUAUAAUAUAGGAUGCUACAAUUUGAGAAGCGUGGUGUGUCUCGUCAGAGCAUCACGGAUGAAGCUUGAUCUUUCUACCGUGUCUUGCUGUUUGCACUUCUUUCUUUCGACUUGAAUGCUUUGGUGCGGAUUCUUCGUUGCUGGAAAACAAACUCGAAAAUAAAUUAAAAACGGGU